GUUUCCCCUCAAGAGUUGUAUAGCUUGGUCUGUGUAUGUGAAAGCGUUGAUUCCAAAUUUGGUGAAGCUCUGUGCAAGCUGAAGAAGUGAGACACUGGUUGUGUGGAAUAUUUGCAGAGUGAGCAUGUAACAUUUCAGAGCAACUGGAAAUUGGAAAAUACACCGUCAUAAAUACUGCCCCCUUUUUAUGUGCGCACGUACAAUAAAUAUACGGUAAAUCCUCUCCCUGCGAUACCGCCUGCGGUUGUAGCGUCGUUACCGUGGCAACAACACCGAGGAAUUGCGGAAAAGUCCUGCAUAGUGUUGAGAAAACCUUCUGUCAGGCAAGACAAAAUCCUUCUGCGGGAAGUUUGAAGUCCUGGAGAGUUAUUCAUGGCCGAAUUUAAGGACCACUCGGAGGCCAAAGCUAGCACAGAUGCUGUUGAGUUCAUGUCCACCGUUGCGAGAGAGGAAUUGCAGCAGUGCCUUUUUGCUGACUCCUUAGUGACCGUUUCAGAUACUGGAAGGGAACUUGGAGAGUUCACAGUUACUGUUGAGAAUGCUGUCUAUAACAAUGAGAUGUGUUACCUAAUUCAUGCUAACAGCCACGGUUCCAUUGAUGACAUACCUUGUGGAACUUCUGUCAUGGCUUAUGUAUCCGAGAGACUUGAAACACUGGAGCAGCACCAUCAUGAAUACGUCAAGCUUCGGGAUCAUCCUUUGGACAGAAAGUCACACCUCAUCAGACAGGAUGAUCAUCUGGUAGUGAACAAAAUUAUUACUGAAAGAGAGGAUGUGAAGAAACAGUCCUUCAGAGUUCCCUUGAGUUCUCUCGAAGGGUUUGUGUCAGAGGCCUCUAACCUUCUAAUUUUGCGGGUACUUGCAAAGAGAAGGCAUGUUCCAGAGAGCAUGAUAUUUCUUGCAUUUGAUGCAGAGACUCACAUCUGUACUUCGGUUUAUAAAGAGCUAGGGGUCAAGAACCAGACCAUUGAAAAGGAGGGGACUGAGGUGUUUGGCAUUGAAAGAACAGUUCAGUCAGAAGAUGACAUCCCUACCACCUGGCACAGCUACUUUCUCUCUGAUGGGCAUUUAUCAAGCAGAGUGCAAGUUGGAUCUCCAGUGAUGAUGAAGCUUAUGCAAAUGCCUACACAAACAGAAAGAGAUGAGAAAGAGAUUAAAACUGUAAUUGAGAAGAAACCAUUGGUCUGGGAAGAAGACAUGCAACUGUACUCAAGGUUUCUUGAUAGGAAGGAAGAAUUAAAAGCAAGUCAUGCUUCAUAUGUGAGACACCAUCCUGAACUCAAAGUCCUAAUGGCAGACUUCCUUCAGUUCUUACUGCUGAGAAAACCCAAUGAUAUCUUCUCAUUUGCUGCUGAGUAUUUUGCACCAUUUUCUUCACAAAGGAAUCCGGGAAACACUUUUAUGUCCUCCAACAAAACCAACCCAUUUCGGUAAAAUGUCUGAAAACCAGAUGAUAGAAGGACUAAAGACAACAUCUGAAGUUAUAUUUUGAUCAAACAUUAAAGGUUUUUAGUUCCAA